CUCGCUACAUCCAUGGUUCUCUCUCGGUGUUCCUGAGGAAGUGUGUGUGAGCAGCUGAUCCAUCGUCUGUGUGUCUGGAUGAACCUCUGACUUUGUGCUCUUUCUUCUGAAGCCUUCAGCUCGGACUCUAUAAGCUAGUUUAGCAUGCUAGCUUAGCAAGCUAGCUGGUAACACGCUAGCAACACAGAGUGAGAGAAACAGGAAGUGGUGAUUUAGUAAACAUGAGUGUUGUGCUGCUCUCGUUGGUGAAGCAACGACUCACUGCGGCUGCUGAAGACAUCAUUGUUCUGUUUGAAAGAACGAUAGCAGAGUACGAGGAGGAACUGUCUCGUUCAAAACAGGAGAACGAGAGACACCGGAAACUACUGGACGCUGUUUUACAGCCUCAGCUUCAGAUCCACAGAGCAGACGUCCAGCAGCUGGUGGUGGUUAAAGAAGAGGUUCCCCCUGAGCAGCAGGAGUGGAGCUCCAGUCUGGACCAGGAGGACCCAGAGCCCCCCCCACACAUUAAAGAGGAGCAGGAGGAACUCUGGAGCAGUCAGGAGGGAGAGCAGCUUCAAGGGCUGGAGGAGGCUGAUAUCACCAAGUCCACAUUCACUCCUGUCCCUGUGAAGAGUGAAGAUGAUGAAGAGAAACCUCAGUCCUCUCAGCUUCAUCAAAGACAAACUGAACACCUGGAAACAGAAGCUGAUGGAGAGGACUGUGGAGGACCAGAACCAGCCAGGAACUCAGAUCCAGAGAGACAUUUACAACCAGAGACUGAUGAUAGUGUUGAUAGUGAUUUUUGGAAGGAGACCAGGGAACACCCGUCAGGUUUAAACAUGUUGAAAAAUAAUGAAAUCACUGACAGCGACUGUGGAAACAAAGCGUUGACCUUCCCUCGGGCUGAGAGUGACGACAGUGUCGGCAGUGAUUUCUGGAAAGACGACACGAAACCUCAGUCUGCAUCACCGUGUUUAAACGAAAAUCAAGUAGCUGAAAAUAAAACAUUCCGGAAACCGUACAGCUGUCCCGACUGUGGGAAAAGGUUUCCCCACAAUGCCAGCCUGAAGAGCCACAUGAAGUUGCAUACGGGCGAGAAAACCUUCGUCUGUUCUGUUUGUGGUAAAACGGUUAGACAGAGAGGAAAUUUAAAAGACCACAUGAGAAUCCUCACAGGAGAGAAACCAUUCAGCUGCUCAGUUUGUAAGAAAUAUUUUACACGAAAGGAAGAUUUACAUCGACACAGGAGAAUCCACACAGGAGAGAAACCAUUCAGCUGCAGUGUUUGUGAAAAAAGAUUCACACAGAGGUAUCAGGUCAAAAUCCAUAAGUGUGUUGGUCGUCAGUCCUCACAGCUUCAUCAAACUCAAACUGAGGAGAACAGAGAGGCAGAGCCUCCAGCCAGCAGCUCAGCUGAACACCUGGAAACAGAAGCUGAUGGAGAGGACUGUGGAGGACCAGAACCAGCCAGGAACUCAGAUCCAGAGAGACAUUUACAACCAGAGACUGAGGACAACCCUGGAGACUCUUCUGAACCUGACGACAGUAAUAAUUGGAAGGAGACCAGAGAACCACGUUCAACCUCUCAGAGAAAUAAACAAGACCCUGUCAGUGAUUCAAGAUGUAGUACAGGAGAGAAACCAUUCAGCUGCUCAGUCUGUAAGAAGUCUUUUACACAGAGAGCAUAUUUAAAGAAACACAUGAGAAUCCACACAGGAGAGAAACCAUUCAGCUGCUCAGUCUGUAAGAAGUCUUUAACACAGAGAGCAUAUUUAAAGAAACACAUGAGAAUCCACACAGGAGAGAAACCAUUCAGCUGCUCAGUCUGUAAGAAGUAUUUUACACAGAGAGCAAAUUUAAAGGACCACAUGAGAAUCCACACAGGAGAGAAACCAUUCAGCUGCUCAGUCUGUAAGAUAUAUUUUACACAAAAGGGGCAUUUGCAUCGACACAUGAGAAUCCACACAGGAGAGAAACCAUACAGAUGCAGUGUUUGUGACAAAAGAUUCACACAGAAAUGUCAGGUCAAAAGACAUAAUUGUGUUGGUCGUCAGUCCUCACAGCUUCAUCAAACUCAAACUGAGGAGAAAAGAGAGGCAGAGCCUCCAGCCAGCAAUUUGGUUACCAAAGUCAUAGGAUCACAAAAGUAG